AAGGGAAGCGGAAAAAGUACAGUCGGCGACAGCAUCUUGUUCAGGAUGUCGAGUAACAAGCAAACUCGUAGAAUAUAUGAAUGCUACGAAGAGCUCCAGUCCAGAGCAUGAGUGGCACCUGGGUCAGCGUCAAGGUGCUAAGUCAAGCCGUCCCUUCCUACGGCACCAUCUAUGAGUGGCGUGACUAUGAAAGCAGCGCCGGCUUCAGGUCACCACGUGCAGUCGUUGUGUUGUUGUGUGCAGUGUGCGGCCUUAAACGAACUUGAACUGUCACGCUCUCGGUGUCUUGCAAGAGGAUGGCGAGCUCUGCGACAGAGACAGUUCGUGCGAGUAGCUCAACGACAGCCACCCUGAAUGGUGCGCCAGAGACAAUCCAUCUCUCUGCCGAGCAGUAUGAUGCCGAGCAAGUGCGCUUGAUGGAAGAGGUUUGCAUUCUUCUCGACCGCGACGAUCGCAACCAGGGCCCUUGCUCAAAGAAGGAUUGUCAUCUCAUGACCAAUAUCAACAAGGGUCUCCUUCAUCGUGCCUUUUCACUCUUCUUGUUCAGCGGCGAGGGUAAGCUCUUGCUGCAACAACGCGCCUCUGAAAAGAUCACCUUUCCAGAUAUGUGGACCAAUACAUGCUGCUCGCAUCCCCUUCACAUUGCAGGCGAGCAAGGAAGUGCCAGUGGAGAAGCAGAUAGUCUAUCAGCGAGUAUUGAAGGUGUGAAGCGUGCAGCUCAACGCAAAGUACAACAAGAACUCGGCAUCCAAGCACACGACGCGCCGACUGACAACAUGCACUUUUUGACGCGCAUCCACUAUCUUGCGCCGUCUGAUGGACAAUGGGGUGAGCAUGAGAUUGAUUACAUCUUGUUUCUACAGCAUCCUGCGCCAAAAGGGCCGGCACUGGAGCCGAAUAUGAAUGAAGUACGCGAUGUGCGCUGGGUCUCGCAGGCUGACUUGCGGGAAAUGUUCAGCAGUAAUCCCGAGGGUCUGACAUACACCCCUUGGUUCAAGCUUAUCUGCGAGUCGUUCUUGUUCAAGUGGUGGGACUCGCUCGCGGACUUGUCGGUGUGCAAGGAUGAAGAGACGAUCCACAGGAUGGGCGUCUAGAAGCAGUCCAGGUGAC